CUAGCACCGAUGCAGGCACCGCAGGAGCCCUGACUCCACAGCACGUUCGAGCUCAUUCCUCUCCAGCAUCCCUGCAGCUGGGAGCAGUUUCUCCUGCUGGGACGCUGACCCCCGCUGCAGUGGUCUCUGGCCCAGCAGCUGCUCCUGCUGCCCAGCACCUGCGCCAGUCUUCCUUUGAGAUACCUGAUGACGUUCCUCUGCCAGCAGGCUGGGAGAUGGCCAAGACAUCUUCUGGUCAGAGAUACUUCUUAAAUCACAUCGACCAGACAACAACAUGGCAGGACCCCAGGAAGGCCAUGCUCUCUCAGAUGAAUGUUACAGCCCCCACCAGUCCACCUGUGCAGCAGAAUUUGAUGAACUCGGCCUCAGGUCCUCUUCCUGAUGGAUGGGAACAAGCCAUGACUCAGGAUGGAGAAAUUUACUAUAUAAACCAUAAGAACAAGACCACUUCUUGGCUAGACCCAAGGCUUGACCCUCGUUUUGCUAUGAACCAGAGAAUCGGUCAGAGUGCUCCAGUGAAACAGCCACCACCUUUGGCUCCCCAGAGCCCACAGGGAGCUGUUAUGGGUAGUAACAACUCCAACCAGCAGCAGCAAAUGCGUCUCCAGCAGUUGCAGAUGGAGAAGGAAAGACUGCGCUUGAAACAGCAAGAGCUGCUUCGGCAGGCAAUGCGGAAUAUCAAUCCCAGCACAGCAAAUUCUCCAAAAUGUCAGGAGUUGGCUCUCCGCAGCCAGUUGCCAACCCUGGAGCAGGACGGCGGGACUCCGAACCCAGUGUCUUCUCCCGGCCUGUCUCAGGAACUAAGAACAAUGACGACCAACAGCUCAGACCCCUUUCUUAACAGCGGCACCUAUCACUCUCGCGAUGAGAGUACAGACAGCGGGCUCAGCAUGAGCAGCUACAGCGUGCCUCGGACCCCAGAUGACUUCCUAAACAGCGUUGAUGAAAUGGACACAGGUGAUACGAUCAACCAAAGCACCCUGCCCUCACAGCAGAGCCGUUUCCCAGACUACCUUGAAGCCAUUCCCGGAACAAAUGUGGACCUUGGAACACUGGAAGGAGAUGGGAUGAACAUAGAAGGGGAGGAGCUGAUGCCCAGUCUGCAGGAGGCUCUGAGCUCUGACAUCCUUAAUGACAUGGAGUCUGUUCUGGCCGCCACCAAGCUAGAUAAAGAAAGCUUUCUUACAUGGUUGUAGAGCCCUCAGGUAGACUGAAUUCUAAAUCUGUGAAGGAUCUAAGGAGAUAAGACAUGUAUACCUGAAAUUUCCAAAUAAGCCCGUUAAAAUUUUUCUGGCUAAUACAGAAAAAGAUGAACAAACGUCCAGCAAGAUUCUUUCAUCCAUUAUUUUGCUCUUCCUUGUCCAUUGCUGCUGUUAAUAUAUUGCUGACCUCUUUCACAGUUGGCCCUAAAGAAUCAAAAGAAGUCGUUUUGUUUCUUUUGCUACUCUUAACUACUGUUCCUUUCGGGGGCUGGGGAGAUGAGCCUGCUGGGGUGACGAGUGCCAGUCCUUUUGCCCAGUUAGAUGUUCGCUGAUCAUUCUAACUAUGUAGACUCGGGAGUCAGAAUGCUUCGUGUCACAACAUUUAGUUUGUUGAAGUAGUUGUUUCUUCAGCUGCCCUUGGUCAGUGGAAAAACAUGCCUUCUCAUGACCAACCAGAAAGGUUGUACCUGGUGUGACGUACUUAACGCUGAUUUGAAGAAAGAGUAUAAACCAAGGCUGAAGACUGUUUUACUCUCAGUGGCUCUUUUCCUUAGUGCUAUCAUUAGUCACAUACUGACCUUGAUUUUAUUUUAGGAGCUUAUAAGGCAUGAGUCAGUUUCCAUAGAAAUAUAUUAAUUAUUGCCACAUACUCUAGUAUAGGUUUGGGUGGAUAUUUUUGUGGGUGUUUUAUUUUCUGUUUGGCUCUUGGGGGUGGGGGUUGGAUGUUUUUUGUUUGUUUUUUCCAGAACCUAGGCAAAUUAUUAUAUUAGUGAGUCUGUUUAUAGUUGUAGCUUGAGAAGGUUAUCGUAGUUUGGUAAAAUCUGUGUUUCCUGGUUUUUGCCAUCUUAUUUAAAUCUUGAUUAUCCGCUUUUUCUAUAUAUUCACACACACUUGUAAUGUUUAUAAUAGUGUGAUAGCAGAAUGUAUCUUUUUUUAGGCUUCUCUAUUUUCCAGUUUAUAUUUUUAAGUGGUAGUUUUUAAUGUAUCUAUUUAGAACACAUGGGUGGUAGUUUAUAUUUCACAAGUAGUUUAAUUCUGGUUGGGGAAAUCUACAAAUGUUUAAGGUAGUUUAGUAUUCCAGAAAGGGUGUUACCAUGGCUCGUGCCUAGAGGAGUGAGCACCCUGUGCGCUCUGGACACAUGAUCAGUAUUACCUGAGGAGUUGAGAGGGGCAAAUGAGAUGGCUUGGUCCCCCUUGGACUAAAUUGAAUCUUGAUAGGAAAUUACUGAGUAGGUUUGUAAUGUACGUGGCAGACUAAGCCUUCUAGGGGUUUACCUUCCGUCAGCUCUGGAACUUUACCUUCACCUUAGUUUUGGAAGUAAAUUUUAGUACUUUUAGUUUUCAUUUGUAAUGAACACAGUAAAUACUAGUAAGUUGAAAUAAGGUUUUAUAGAACUUGCUCCUACUUUUGCAUGCUGAAAAUUGACCCUGGGUAGUAUGUAGAAUACUUGUAUGGUCAUGAGUUAGCUGGUAAAGCAGUCAGAUUAAUAAAUGUAUAUUGGUAGCUGAAUUUAGCAAAGAGAUAAUCAUGAUUUACCUAUAUUUUUACAGGAAGAGAUGUAACUAGAGUAUGUGCCUACAGAAGUAAUAAUGGCUUCCAGAGAAUAUUGUUUAAAAGGAACAAAAUGAGUAUGAAUUAACUCUUCAAAUAAGCUAUGAAGUAGUAGUUAUGAAUUAUAGUGGCACCAACUACCCCCUCUAUGAUUUAAAGGUCUUUUCAAUGCUUCUAAAAUAAGCCCUUAUUUUCAAGGGUUUAUAAAGGACAAAUUCUGUUUUCCUGGCUAAAGCUGCUAUGAAAAGCCUCAGCUUGGGAAGAUAACGGUUUUUGGUUUGGGGGUUUCAGGUUUUUGUUGUUUUGUUUUAUUUUUUUUUGUUUUUUUCCAGUUACAAAAUCUCAGUAUUUUGACCCUUCAGAUUGGAGGAGUGUAAAAGUGGAGUAAAGAAGUUUUAUUUUAAAUACUUUCAGUGCCUAAAAAUAAUGCAAUUACUGUAUUGUAUACAGUGAUUCAUAAGUUGGUCAUUCAUCAUAAUUGACUUUAUAGAAUUUAUUUAAAAAACAGCAAAAAGAUUCAAUCUUAAGUCUGGAGGGUAUGGCCACUGUGCGGAUGCAUCAAGUUUUAGAACCAUUAUGAAAUUCCACCCAGAAUGCGAAAUUGAGCUUAUGGAUGGUGCAGAAUGUUGUGGUGGUCGUUAAUGUGCAGAAGGUCAAAGCUACUUAGGAGUUCCUACAGUUUGCCAGUAAGAUACAAAAUCAGAUCGCAUCUUAUAUAGAUCAGCAGAGUAGCUGUAGCUUAGUGGGAGGGUGGGAAGGUGGGUGUGAGUUGUGCAGAGUUAGCGGGACCUUGAUAGAAAAAGUUAUAAACUUGUUUUUCUUUAGUGAAGUCUUUUCUUGCAUCUUGCUAUCAUUAAAGACAGUCGUUCCUAGAAUUUCAGUCACUUCAGUUCACCCAUAGAACAAAAACACAUAGUCUUCCUUCCCCUGGACCCACUGCUCAGUGGUACCUCAAUGUCUGGCAGUGCCUUGUUCCUGACUCAGUGCUUUGAUCUUAGUGUGUGUAGCCUUUGUACUGACCUGAAGGAGCCCUCAGAGUCCCUUCUCCUUUUGAGUUUGAAUCACAGCCUUCAUGUGAUCUUUAUGUCCUUUUUCCUAAUGUAAAAGUGUUUUCAUGCUUCUUGGUUGUAUUGGGUAGCAUGGGGAUAAGAUUUUAACUGGUUAUUCUUGAAUUGCUUUUACAAUAAACCAAUUUUAUAAUCUUUAAAUUCA